GUAAUAUCAUACACUCAUUAUCACUUGCAGGCAACAUCGUCAAUAUUUGCUCUCCAAUAACUCACAGCUGACUGAAUCCCAGAUCUUUCAAUUACAAGAUGAGCAGUUUGCCACGUGGUUCAGAACACAUGUUUAUCAAAUGGGAAGGAGUGCACCUAAGUCAUUGUCUUUACUAAGCCUGGGGCCUGAAAGAAAAUGUAAGUGCUACAACGGGUAUUUUGUCAAUGGAUAUGUUUUCCAUACUGAAGAAUACGGGCAAGGAAGAAAGACAUACAACAGCGGUGUUUGUGUUAAGGGAUCCACUAGUAGUGAGUUAGAAGUUGACUACUAUGGUAGAUUAGAAGAGGUCGUCGAACUGCAAUAUCAUAACGAGCAGAAUAUAGUGUUUUUAUUCAAAUGCUAUUGGUAUGACACGACUGAUAGAGGAAUCAGAGUUGAUCCGCACUAUGGUCUGGUCGAAAUCAACUCAAAAGCUAGACUCCGCAACAUAAACGAUGUCUUUGUUUUCGCAAAGCAAUGUCAACAAGUUUAUUACACAUACACCCCUUCAUUUAGAAAGGAUCGAUCAAGAGUGGAUUGGUUGUCCGUUUUAAAAACGAAACCCCGGGGUCGUGUCGAGGUUGUUCAGGAUGAGAACGAAGACACAAGUGUGCGAGAUGAAGUCUUUCAAGUUAGUGAGGUGGUUGAACCAUAUCGAGUUGCUCCUUCGAUUGAAUUGGAAGAAAAUUCAAAUUUUCGUGUUUUCGAUGAUAGUCUUGUUGAUGUUGACGCAGAUGAGUUAAAUUUUGUUUUGAGCUCUAGCGGACAACCAAAUAUCGAUGAAGAAGAUGAUAUUCAUAUUGAAGAUUGCGAUGAAGGUGAUGACAAUUCAAUUGAUGACGAAGAAGAAGAAAAUUCUGACUAACUACCAAAAUGAAGCCCUAUGUAAAACCCUUUUUUACAUGUAAUUUAGAUUAUGAAUGAUAUAUAUAUUUUGAAAC